CCCAUUAAAUGCCUUGUGCAGGCGGACAUGCGGUGUUAGCGCUGCCGCCGUCGCUUCUGCUCCCAGAGCACGGGGCUCCUCCUGCUUCUCUUGCCUCCGCCCUCCCAGGGCACGGGCUGCUUCGGCUCCUCAAGGUCUCUCCUCUUCCUCCUCCUCCUCCUCCUCCUCCUCCUGGCUAGCUGGUUGUACUUGUUACGGUGUCACAUCCUUCUUUCCAGCUGCAGUACCAACUUCCCUCCCAGCCAGCCUCCCUGUUUGGCAGAGGCUUCAGCAAAGUGAUGGGAUAGAGCAGAAGCCGCUUGAAUCCCUCGGCCGUCUAUACAUUAGUCCUUAGCAGCGUGGAUCGCCCCUUCCCGUCUUCUUAUCACAUUCCUGCCCCGCUGUUUAAGUCUCCCCGUUGUCUUAUCUUCUUUUUCUUGUUAUUCCCCCUUCCCCCGUUUCCUUGUUUCCUCCACCCCCUUUUUAAUCUUUUAGCCCCCCCCCCUCUUUUCCCCUCUGCGCUUAUGAAUUUGGAUCGUUGAAUUCUCCUGCAAAGGUUUGCAGUCUAUGAAAACAGCCCUCUUAUCCCAUACCCACUAAGUUUACUCAGGAGCCUUUGAUGAGGAGCUUUGUCAAAGACUUUUUGAAAAUCCAGAUAUAUGUUGGGGAAAGGAGGAAAACGGAAGUUUGACGAGCAUGAAGAUGGGCUGGAAGGCAAAGUGGUGUCUCCUACCGAUGGUCCAUCUAAGGUGUCUUACACCUUACAGCGCCAGACUAUCUUCAACAUUUCCCUUAUGAAACUUUAUAACCACAGGCCCUUAACAGAGCCGAGCCUGCAAAAGACCGUUUUAAUUAACAACAUGUUGAGGCGGAUCCAAGAGGAGCUCAAACAGGAAGGCAGCUUGAGGCCUAUGUUCCUCACCCCAUCACAGCCUACAGAUCCUCUUGGAGACAACUUUCGAGAAGCUCAGCCUGCCUUUAGCCAUCUGGCCUCUCCGCCAGUCCACCCCACUGACUUAGCAAGCCCUACACCACUGGAGUCUUGCCUCACCCCUGCCUCUCUGCUUGAGGAUGACACUUUUUGCACUUCCCAGACUAUCUCACUAGAUGGUCCUCCAAAAUUACCACCUCCAACGAUCCAACCAGUAAAGGACAGCUUCUCCUCAGCCUUGGAUGAAAUUGAGGAGCUCUGUCCAACACCUACCUCCGCUGAGGCAGUAGUAACUACAGCAGCAGCAGAUACAACUGCACCAGAUAACUCUAAGGAGAAUUCCAGUGAAUCCAGCAUUCAAAAGCCUGAGGGUAUACAGGAGAACAGAAUGAGUGAGCCUAAACUCAUGGACUCAUUACCUGGCAAUUUUGAGAUCACAACUUCUACAGGUUUUCUUACAGACUUGACCCUGGAUGAUAUUCUCUUUGCAGACAUUGAUACGUCUAUGUAUGAUUUUGACCCUUGCACAUCCUCUACAGGGGCUGCCUCAAAAAUGGCUCCUGUCUCCGCAGAUGACCUCCUCAAAACUCUGGCACCCUACAGUACCCAGCCAGUAACCCCCAAUCAGCCUUUCAAAAUGGACCUUACAGAACUGGAUCACAUUAUGGAGGUGCUUGUUGGGUCAUAGAUUGAUAGCAACUUUUUAAACGCACCAGUAUAAACCCUUGGUAGUAUUUUCACAAGGCCCCCUCUCCUUCCAAACCUACCAAGAAACACAUAGACACACACAUAUAUGCACGCACGCAAAUACACACACCACUGUGCAUGCGUCUUUGCUUGUCUUUUUUUUUUUUUAAGGAUCAUACUUGUUUUUGCUUCAAGCAGAGUUGGAGUGCCUUCAUUCAUGUAUGACCACUUUUAAUGUAUUUCUGAAAGUGGUUCCUCAAGGGAGACCUGAAAUCCUAAUAUAGGAAGAAAAUGCAUAUUGUAAAACAUAAAUAUGUUUGACAAAAAAAAAAUGUAAAAGCUAAGCACAAGGAUUAUGUUGGGAAAAAGCUGUAAAUUGCAUGUGCAUAUUUGUCUAUUUUUUCUAUAAGUUUUAUUGCAAGAGGUUAAAAUAUUAUUUAGAUAAUUGCAGUACCUUUUUGGCAUUUUAGCACUGUCUAGGUUGACUUAGCAAUCCAGCCUUUUUAGAGGUAUUAAUGAUUCCUCUUUAAAUGUUGCAUUUACAUGGCUCUUUAGAAACUGCUACCCAAAUUUAUUUUAUAUUUUUGUAUAGAUUCUGCAAUUUAUGAUAUUGGGUUUUUUUCUUAGAAAAAGAAAAAGAAACAAAACAAAAAUGCUGUUUGUACUCACAUACACACAAAAAAGGAAAUAGUUAUUUUGGUAGGAUUUGCUCACCCCAUUCCUGCAUAUACCUUCUGAUGUACAAGAACUGCUUGUAGUUUUAUACAGACUUGUAGUGUUUUAUAUGCAUAUAAUGGUGCAAAGAGAAGUUUGGAUCAAAUCAGUCUGCAGCUGGCCUCCCUGAAUCCAGACACCAUGCUUGAAGGAAAAGACCAAGGGCUCUUCCCUUAAAAGUUUCACAGAUAUUUACUCCCUGCUGCCUACUACUGUGAUUAACAAAAACCUUAGAGCCAUGUAUAUUCCAACACUGAUGUCAAACAGUUGGCAAGAAAUAGCUGUGAAACUUUAUUCUGAUGAAACUCCCUUGUUCAUCCUUCCCUCACUCCAAAAGGAUCAAGAAAUAAAAAUAUAUUUCCUCCAACCAAGCUUUUUUAAAAUUUGCAAAACAGAUUCCAUCCUUCGUCUGACAGAGUAGAGUGUCCUUAAGUUUGUUGAGCUCAACCUUCUCAUAUUUUACAGUUUUCCUGGUGAGAAAGUUGUGUUCCUGAAAAUAUCUUUCUUUUUGGUAAGUGCAGUUGACAGAGUGCACAGUUGAUAGAGUGCCCCGUUCAGAUUCAAACAGUAGAAAUGAGUGAGCUUUGGUAUAUUUCACUCUGUCUUGAGAUAUUACCAUAGUAAUGGCAUCUAGUUUUAGAGCAUCACAAUUGAGGCACUUACCAGUUUUAAGGCGAAGCAUGCUGUGGCUGUAGCAGAUUGUUUUGUUUAAUUGUUUUGGGUUUUUAUUUUGUUUAAAGCCUGAAAGUAAGUUGCAUUGAAAUCAGUAGAGAUUCCUUCCAAGAAACUGAGUUUAGGAUCAGGAGCAGAAAAAGGCCCUUUUGUCUCUGUGACAGUAUAAUUCUAAUGUACCUUAUUUCUUCUAAUCAUUCUUAUGAUGAUUCUUGCCCUUUGCUUGGAACGUUAAUAUUCUUAUUCACUCUGUUGGCAAGUGCUGAAAAAAAAUCUAACUUCAGUAUUACUGCAGUGAAAUCAUCUCUUAUCAGCACUGGAUGGACUCACUCAAGUAUCCAUUGCUCUUAAAACUGGAGCUAGUUGUGCUUUGAACACUUGGUAUUUUGGGGGGGGGGGUUGGUUUCUUGAUUCCACUCUGUUCCUUGCUUUAUACUUUAUAUGGCCUGUUUGACAAUGUAUUGAAACUGCAAUCUAUGCAUGUUUCCUCCCCACUUAAGUCGUCUCAUUUCUGCACCUGUUGCAAUUUUUCUCUCUCUGUUCCUUGUGAUGUACAUUUGUGUUAAACAAAACUUGCAAUGUUUCAUGCCUGUUGCCGAGAUUGCUAUGGCAUAUUAAUUUUAAAUGGUACUGAGUGCAGGUUACAAACUAUACUGUUGAUAUGCAUAUGGCUUCUUUAGGAAUAACGUUUAUAUUUAUUUAAGAAAAUUUAAAUUAUGUUUAUGUAAUUUGGCAAUAUUCAGUUGGUUCUGCUUACUUCUUGUCAUGGAUUUUUAAAAAUUGGGUCUUUUCUGCCUUUAAGAUGGCAGCUUUAUAAACUGGCACUUUAGAACAGGCCAUAUAUAUUUAUUUAAAAUGCAUGUAAUUUAUUAUAUACAAUGCACAGAGUUUUUUAUUUGUGUCCAAACUAUCUAGGUAAUUAGAGUGCUGCAUGCAUACACAAAUAUGCCAUGCCAAAUUAUCAACUAAAUUCUAAUACGUUAAUCAUAUUUUGCUAUCUUUCUUGAAAAGUUUAUUUCAUUCAAAUAACAGUAUAGUUAUAAUUUGAAGUUGCUCAUCUUUAUAAGCAAGCAUAUUUUCCCCAAUUCUUCCUGUUGUGGGGAGGAAAAAAAGAGCUGGCAUAUUCAAAAAUUUUAAUUAGAAGUUAUAACAACCAGUUUAGAUUACAAAAUGCCCUGAACAAGAAUGCCUCUUCUCUUCUGUUAGUCUGGUAAUCACUAGGAAUAUGGCUGGUAUUGUAUAAAAUAACACCGAAUUACAGUUUCAUUAGGAAUUUGUGGAUUUGAGAAGAUUAGGUCUUUCAAAUCUGGGCUGCAGAAAUCCAAAAUACCACUAAAUUGUAACAAACGCAUACAAAAAAAAUAUAUCUUUGCUUCCACCAUUUGGUUGUCCAGAUCUGUGCAGAACUAGAUAGGGUAACCAGAUAUGGUAGAAAAAAGAUGCUUACUUGAUGUGUUACUAGCCAAGUAGGAUAAUCUUGGGUGCAGAUAUGUGCAAUGCUAGAAAACACUCAAUUUAGUUUUAAUCAGGAUGGCAGAAUCCCAAGCCUUUGCUGGAACAGUCUAGGUUUAGAUUAAAAUUAAAACGUGAAGGAAAAAAGUAAACAAACAAGAUUUACCAUUGUCAAAAUCUGAUUUUACACGUAAUCCAGAAACAAUACUUUCCUUUUUGGACGAGGUAAUGGAGUAUGUAAACAAAUACCACAUGUUGGGCAGAAGUUCAAAUUAACACCAUUUUAGAGAGGAACAGUAGGUUUGUUUUCCAAAUGCUAACCUUGCUGUACAAAGCAAAGCCAUUUGAAAUGUUGAGCAGAAACUAGUCCUGAUUGCAACAUUCUGUGAUGCAAAUGAGUAUGAUUGUGGCAGAUAGUGCAUCCACCCCAUAGAAUUAGACACCCAAUAUGAUGAGUGGCCUCACAGAAAUACCAGUUUAAAUACUUCUGUCUCUGUAAUAUAACCUCCUCCUUUAAAGGAUCUGAAUUUACCAGACUACAAGUUCUUCUUUUCCCCACUCUCCAAAUUCCAUCUUGAAUGCUGGGGACAUUUUUAAUGACACAAAAAGUGCAAUGAAGUGACAAGAAGAGAACAGAAUUAAAAAGAGCUGUUUGAAUUUGAAGUGAUUUUUUUUUCCAUUUUGUUUUUCAUAAGUUAUUUAUUCCAUUUUAUUUUUCUUUUGUAAAUAUAUUUAUUUUAUUGUGAAGCUAACAACAUCUGGAUUGUAACAUGUACAGAAUGUAUGGUAGGAAUGUAUUCUCUUGUAGGAAUGUGAAAUCCAUACAAGAGGGAACUGAAAGUUAGAUUUGGAGAUUAUUAUCUGGGUUCUGUUCAGAAUACAUGUCAUUCAUCAGAUCUCUCUCCCGCCUCUCCUGCUUUUCUCUACUGAGAGUCACUUUGAUUCUGUAGGACAUGCAAAAAAAAAAAAAAUUAUAAACUCAGUUAUACAAAUCAAUCUUUUGGUAUCGCUGGGUAUUUCAAAUGGGCCAGAUCCUAGUUCAAACAGUCAAAUACAGCUUUGGUUUCAGUGAGACUUUGUUGCAUAAUGUCUACUCAGGAGUAAGUCUCACUGAGUUUAAUUAAACUUACUCCUGAAUAAGCAUGUACAGAAUUUCAAUCUUAAAAGGCCUAAAGUGAUAUAUUCUCACUCUGGUAGCUGGAACUGGAUAAGGAUGCAUGUUAACCUGAAGUAUAUGUUUGCUGAUGAAUAAAGGAAGAGUGUUUUAAGAUUUUUCUUCCUUCAAAGUUGCACAGAAGCAGCGUGCACCACAAGAUUCAUCCUAGCUAGAAAGACUGGGCAGAGCAAGCUGGCUUCUUGCAAUGGAAGAUGAUGUAAGGUGAAAGCAGCUUCCCGACCCGAAGAGUUCAAUUGCUUUGGCAACCUGAGCUUCACAUCACAGCAAUCUGUCCCCCCACCCUCACCCCUGCAGAGUUUCAGUUUGAGCUGCUAGUGCUUAAAACUGGGAAAUUUUAAAGGGGGGGGAGGGAGGGUGCCAAAAUCCAUUAACCAACCUAAGGUAAGAUUAGCCUUUACUUUACACAUAAGUGUGCCUUUUCUUCUGCAGAGAGUGUAAAGUGGCAUAACACAACCUGUUUCAAAAAUGCAUAUUUAUAACUUGUCCCUAUAUUGCUUCAAAUGAUUAUGCAUAAGUAGUUUUUUUAAAGAGCACUGUUGAAAGUGACCUGUUGUAGAUCAAAUAUGGUGAAUGUACAGUGCACUGUUGUAUAUUGAAUACACCUGUAUCCAGUAGCAUGUCCUGAUCAGACUUCUCAGGAGAAAACAAAAGCAAUGCAGAAAACAGUAGUGGGAGAAGGAAAGAGUGGAAUUCCAUGACAAAGCUGAUUUUUAGGUCUGAGUAGAGCUAGCUGUAGGACACAAUUUGCAAUAACUCCUUUAUCUGCUAGCUAUUAUAUAGCUUUCAGAUUAACUGUCCUACACUUAUAUGAAAUUGAACAAGGAAGCCUCUAGGAGAAACAUGGUAGAAGUUAAUAUGGGACAAAAUCUGUGGAAGAAUAUGUUCAUCUGAUCGAAAAUCAACUAAAAGCAUUUGCAUUCACAUUUCUGUUGGGUUUUGCAACUUUGGAUGCGCAGAUAGGUGGCCAAAAUGUAGAUUUGUCAGUGCAAAUGUUUAUAUCAAAUUUCCAAGGAUUAAUAAGGAGGUACCCCAUAGUAGGUGUAGUAAGCCAUGCUGAAAGCUAACAAGUUUUAUGGAAGGCUUUCCUAUUGGUUUCAAAGAGAGAUACUUGUAUCCACUUUUUAAGACAGUUUCAUCAGCAGAGAGGCAAAUCUGAUCUUAUAACCGCCACCCUUCCUAGGGAAGUGUUUCUAGACAAGCGCAAACAGACCUUAAGACCCUGGGCAAAAUGCUGCAGUUUGAAGCAUUCUGUGAGGGGGACUCAUUUUAGUCUUUUGGGUGGAGUGAAGAAUAUUUGAUAGGCUGGAUGAACUGUGACUCAAGGCCCCAGAUUCACAUCUCCCACCCUUCUUCAGAACAUCAACUGUGCUGGGAAGCAAGGAAGGUCCAGCCUGGGCUUGGCUCCAGAGAGCAGAGUCUAAGCCCACAAUUCUCGGACAGAAUUGUGGGCACUUUGUAGACCAUGCCAAUAAAAGUGCCCUGAAGUCCCUCUUCCUCUCAGUUACUUUCAGGAGAGAGACUUCCCACAUGGAAACUGUUGCCACCAACAUUACUCUUCCUGCUAGUUGCUCUGCUUUACAGUGAGAGACAGAAUUAAGGCUGCUUUUUCAGAGAGGCCAGGAUGAGAAUAAAUUGUACCAUGUGAUUUUUUUUUCCUGAUUGUCUUGUAGAACCUGAUUCGUGAAUCUAAAGUUUACAGUUUGAUAACAACCGUGAGCAAAUGGACAUGCACCCUCCUAAAAUGGCUCAUUGGAUCUAGAAUGUAAUUGUGAUUGUUAGGAAAAGAAAAUCCAAGACCUUGCUUUUAUUAAUAUGCUUAUAACAUGUCUGAAUUAUUUUUUUUGGGGGGGGGGGGGGAAUUUCCACUCAUUUUAUAGUCUUUUUUUUUCAAUGUUAAAAAUAAUUCUAAUGCUAAUUUUGGGCUUUGUUUAUUUUUUUUCCUAAGUUAAAACCUUGCAGAUGCUUAACAUUGUAAUAACACACACAAGACUCUCUUAAAGCAGAGAUUUCAGGGGAGGGGGAUGAGGAAGAUGUAAAAAGGAGGAUAUAUUUGGUGCAUGGUUGUUUUAAAACAAGGGUUGUUUUUUUCCAAAACGCUGAUAUUUUCUCCCUCUGCCCCCAUUCCUAUCCCGCGACAGACCUUAGAGCUGUGCCUUUUCUAUGCAAUAUUACAGACAUAUACAUCUGAAACCAGAUUACUGUAUUCACUUGUAGGUAUGGGCUGUAAUAAUAAUAAAAAUGGGCAAAUUACAUGGAAAUGAGCAGUCUUACUUUUGUAGUUUUAUAUUAUACAAUAAACAGUUUAAAAAGAA